ACGGCAGCCUGAUGCGGUGUGUUAAUUUGUAAGCUCUUGGUUACACGAGUACUCCAGCUUGUCAUCUUCCUAUUUUCUACUUUGUUUUUUUUUGUUUUUUUGUUUUUUACUCUGUCUAAAUGACACGAAGAAAUUACACGGCAGUUCUGUCUUUGGUGUGAUAGUCAUUACGACACGUGUCUUGCAAGCUACGAAGAUGAGAAAGCGACCAAACAUUCUUCUAACAGGAACCCCUGGUGUUGGAAAGACCACUCUGGGAAAGGAGUUGGCCCAGCAUACAGGGCUAACAUAUGUUAACAUUGGAGACUUGGCCCAGGAAGGGCAACUUUACGAUGGCUAUGAUGAAGAGUACCAGUGUCCUAUUUUGGAUGAGGACAGGGUGAUAGAUGAGCUGGAAGAAAAGAUGAUAGAAGGUGGAAUGGUUGUUGACUAUCAUGGCUGUGACCUGUUUCCUGAACGCUGGUUCCACAUUGUCUUUGUCCUUCGCACUGACAAUACUGAGCUGUACACACGGCUAGAGGGCAGGGGCUACAUGGGAAAGAAGCUGCAAGACAAUGUACAGUGUGAGAUCUUCCAGACCAUCUAUGAGGAGGCCAGGGAGGCCUACAGUGAGGAGAUUGUCCACCAACUACCGAGCAACACCCCAGAGGAUCUGGAGCGCAAUCUGGAGCAGAUAGUUCAGUGGAUUGAGCAGUGGAUGAAGGACCAUAACUAGGAGCUGAACUCUGCUGGAUCUAGCUAUUUAGACAUUUUGAAUCUGCGUUUCUCUGAAUAAAUUGUGCCUUGGUUGAAUAAA